CUCGACCCGAUGUCUAAAUUACAUUAAUAUAAACAAAUUGUCUGUCAAUUAGUAUAUAAACCGUGUGUUAAACAGUAGUCAAACAACUCGGAACUUCACAGUUAAAUAAUUACUUUUUUACAAAGUUUUAUUUUAAAAACUACAGCCUAUCACCGAUAAAAUGUCCGAAAGAAAAGGAGGAAAAUACUUGCAAACCUCGUCCAACAACGUUGAGGAGCUAUUAAAACAUCUCGGAUUGGGUGACGAUAUCAUAGCUAGAGUGACCAGUGGUACCAAUACACUCGAGUUUGCCAAAGAAGGUGAAGAGGUGACUAUUAAGUCCACUACUGGCGAUCACGUGCGAGAGACCAAGUUUAAGAUUGGUGAAAAAUACACCGAGACAAUUAAUGGUCGCCAAGUGCCGGCUGUGGCUGUGAAGGAAGCGGACAAUCGUGUGAUUCACACCAUAGGAGAGGGAGAGAAACAAUUGAAGGUUGUCUACGAGUGGAACGGCAACGAACUCCGGGUGACGUCCACUUCGGGUCCGGUUGUGGCCGUCCGCAUAGCUAUCAUCGGUCGGCCACAGUAUAUGCUUUUGGUGACCGUAUUAUUGCCGCCGUGUGUUAGCACCAGAUCUACGAGCGGAGCUGCCGACGAUGUAAUCGCUCGGAUCACGUCUACAACAGAGGAAUUGGUGUUCACCAAAUCGGGCAACGGUUACACCAUUCAGAUCAGUCGUGCCGACCAUACCAGGGAAAUAAAGUUUGAAUUUGGCAUCGAGUUCACCGAGACGUACCCAAACGGGCGUACCGUUCAGUCAGUCUUUAUCGCCGACGGUAAUCGUCUCGUUAGGGCUGUAAAGGGAGACAAACCAAUGACUACUGUAUACGAGUUGAUAGACAAUGAGCUCCGGGUUACGAGUACAUCGGGUCCGGUUGUAGCCGUCCGUACGUACGCUAAACAUUCUCGAAAAUGGGUGAAUCGAAAGAUUAUGAUGAGGAAAUGCUAUGCUGUGAUGGAAAACUUUGGGAUAUUGUCUGGAGCUGAUCCAGUGGACAAAGUAUCGGUGAAUGGGAUAUGGGGAGACGAACCGUACGGAACGGUAGUUGUGGGACCAGAAUCAAGGGACGAUCGGGUCUUACCGUCGGGUGAAGUGUAUGUGUGA